AUGGAGGCCCUCAAUGUCUUGCACCACGUCAAGCGACAGGCUCCAAGUGCCAACGCCGACGAUGACCAGAACGUUGGUUCUGCCAACCAGACGUCGCCGUCGCUAUCUGGUCUCGUCUCGACGCUGGUACCAGCCCUGCUCAUCUUCGUGGUGUGGAUGAUUGCAUUCACAAUCCUGCGCCGCAAGUUUCCACGCCGAUAUGCACCCCGAACAUAUCUCAACUCUCUGCGUGAGCAAGAGCGUACACCAAACCCGCCCAACAGUCUCUUCGGUUGGCUUCCGUUCAUGCAGAAGAUCCCUGACGAGUUCGUCCUGCAGCACAACUCUCUCGACGGCUACUUUCUCCUGCGGUACAUCAAGAUCUCGAUCGUCAUCACAUUCGUCGGCUGCCUCAUCACAUGGCCGACAUUGUUCCCGAUCAAUAUCACCGGAGGAGCAGGCCAGAAGCAGCUUAACAUUCUGACCUUCAGCAACAUCUCAGCAGACACUCAAGUUCAAAAACUGCGGUAUCUUGGUCAUGUCCUCGUGAUGUGGAUCUAUGUUGGUUUCAUCUUCUUUAUGGUGACCAGAGAGUACAUCUAUUUCAUCAGUGUACGCCAGGCAUACCUACUCUCGCCGCUGUAUGCUUCGCGCAUCUCCUCUCGCACUGUCCUGUUCCAGUCAGUGCCAACAGAAUAUGCCAACGAGCACAAAAUUCGUCGCAUGUUCGGCCAGGAGCUGAAGAACGUAUGGGUUGCUUCUGACACCAAGAAGCUCGAGGAAAUGACAAAGGAUCGUUCCAAGGCCGCCAUGAAGCUGGAAGGUGCCGAGACCAAGCUGAUCCGACUUGCCAACACUGCACGCAUCAAAGCCUCGAAGAAAGGUGGUCAGCAGCCACCACCUCAAGCAGCUGACGAUCGGGAAGGGGGUGCCGAAUCUGGCGCGGCAGCAGCUCGAUGGGUUCCGUCUAAGAAGCGUCCUACGCACCGUUUGAAGCCUAUCAUCGGCAAGAAGGUCGACACUAUCAACUGGGCACGUGAUGAAAUCGCCCGACUGAAUCCGCUUAUUGAGCAGGCUCAGAAUAUCUACCGUGCUGGGGAGCAACGCCGAGAAACGCUGUAUUCGUGGAGUUCCACAACCAGACACAGGCUCAAGCUGCUUUCCAGAUGGUCACACAUCACCAAGCUCUGCAUAUGGCUCCUCGUCAAGUCGGCAUGA